GCAUUAAAAACAAAAAAACGAUCGACGUCGUUUCAAAACAGUUUCUACGCGUCGAAGUCAAUUUUUUCGCUCAGAAAAAGUGAAUUUUCGUGCGGACACAUAGCCCCCGCUCCAAAAUGGCAAACGCUUUGGUGCGCUUGAAUUCUCUCCCGCGCCAGCAAGUUGCGGCUCUGGUUCCGGUACUGCGAGGUACCACCGUUGCGGCUUCCAACCAGCGACAGCAAUCGAGGAACCAGUCGGCCCAAGCCUCGGCACCGCCACCGCAAACGAAAACCAAGUUUGGCCCGCUGGCCGAUCAGGAUCGCAUCUUUACUAACCUCUACGGGCGGCACGAUUGGCGUCUCAAGGGUGCCCUGAAGCGCGGCGAUUGGUACAAGACCAAGGAGAUCCUGCUCAAGGGAACGGAUUGGAUCAUCAAUGAGAUCAAAGUGUCCGGAUUGCGAGGACGUGGUGGAGCCGGAUUUCCCACCGGUAUGAAGUGGUCGUUCAUGAACAAGCCCUCGGACGGUCGUCCAAAGUAUCUGGUUGUGAAUGCCGACGAAGGAGAACCGGGAACCUGUAAGGAUCGUGAAAUUAUGCGUCACGAUCCGCACAAACUGAUCGAGGGUUGUCUGAUUGCCGGUCGUGCCAUGGGUGCUCGAGCUGCCUACAUCUACAUCCGUGGGGAGUUCUAUAACGAAGCGUCCAACAUGCAGCUGGCCAUUGCUGAAGCCUAUCAGGCUGGAUUGAUUGGCAAAAAUGCUUGUAAUUCGGGCUACGAUUUUGACGUGUUUAUGCAUCGUGGUGCCGGUGCGUAUAUCUGCGGCGAAGAGACCGCUUUGAUUGAAUCACUUGAGGGCAAGCAGGGAAAGCCUCGCCUAAAGCCUCCAUUCCCAGCUGAUGUUGGUGUAUUCGGUUGCCCUACGACCGUUUCUAAUGUCGAAACUGUAGCAGUGGCACCUUCCAUUUGCCGUCGUGGUGGAGUCUGGUUCGCAAGCUUCGGUCGAACACGUAAUUCCGGAACAAAGUUGUUCAACAUUUCCGGUCAUGUCAAGACUCCUUGCACCGUCGAGGAAGAAAUGUCUAUUCCGCUGAAGGAACUUAUUGAACGCCAUGCCGGUGGCGUCACCGGUGGUUGGGACAAUUUGCUAGGAGUGAUCCCGGGUGGCUCAUCAACUCCGAUUAUUCCUCGAAACGUGUGCGACGAUGUUUUGAUGGACUUCGAUGGGUUGGUUCAGGCGCAAACCUCUCUCGGUACGGCUGCAAUCAUCGUUAUGGACAAGUCCACCGAUGUUAUCAAGGCCAUCUCGCGUUUGAUUGAUUUCUAUAAGCACGAAAGCUGCGGACAGUGCACUCCGUGCCGCGAGGGAAUCGCCUGGAUGCACAAGAUGAUGCAUCGUUUUGUUAGCGGCAAUGCGCGCCCUGAUGAAAUCGACAUGCUGUGGGAAAUUUCCAAACAGAUCGAAGGUCACACGAUUUGCGCUCUGGGAGAUGGCGCUGCUUGGCCAGUUCAAGGCUUGAUUCGUCACUUCCGGCCUGAAAUCGAGGCGCGCAUGAAGAAAUACGAACAGAUGGCCGCUAAAAACUAAUAAACUGUGUAGAAUGGGAACUUUUGUUGAUGCAUAAUAAAUCCAUCAUUUAGACGAAUCUUAAA